AUGACUCCAUCAUCGUCGCAGCCACAAGAUCCGCAAAUUUGGGCCAUUGUUGCCUGCCCUAAUAGCGGCUCCACACUUGUCGAGCACGUCUUUGCAGCAUCAACUGUGUGCGCAGUCACAGACCAGCGCGUUCUGAGAGACGGGAAAGGCUCGGAGUCAUUGGCCUGGGAUGAUUUGGAGAGUUUCAAUGUUUUGGCCAAGGCAAAAAACGCGGGUAAGCGCUUCGUCAUUUGCAUGCAAGAGCUUGACAAUGGCCUCCAAAAUGCAGAAUGCUCGUCCGACGCGUCCUACAGCCCGUCUGCACACGCCACUUUCAGAUCAGUAUAUUUGAUCAGCGAUCCCGUCCGAGUUCUCGAUAAUUGGAAGAAAGCUGGCCGCGCCAAUGCAGAAACUCUUGUCGACUGUUUCGUCAACAUGUCUCGCGCGCUUCAACAGGCACCGUCGCAUACCGCUUCGUCCCUCGUCUAUGAGCGACUGGUCCAGGACCCUUCUGCGGAAAUCAAGCGAAUCUGCAAUCAUUGGGGCUCGGAGAACUUGACAGACUUCAAUCAAUCACUCGGGUCCGGAUCUGCCUCUUUUGUUGACACAGACUUGCCUUGCCAUGAUCUCUUAUCCAAUGCGGAGAAAGAUACCAUUGAAAAACAAGUCGGUCACUUAUACCUGGACUUCUGGAAGGAUGAUGUGCAGAAAUUGCGCGCCAUGUUUACCAAGAAGACCUGGUUUGGAUUUGAUCUUGACGACACCCUGCAUGAAUUUCGUCGCAGCUCAGGGAAAGCCACGCAUAAAGUCCUUAGGCAGAUCUCCAUGCAAUAUGACAUACCAUUGCCUGCGCUGCAGGGAGAAUAUUCUCACAUUCUCAAAGAAAAGACUGCGAAUGCUUUCUCUGAUGGAAAGACUUCAUUCGACUAUCGCAGAGAAAGAUUUGCUUCGCUUCUAGCCAACUUCUCACUGCCACAGGACAAUACCUUCUUGACCGAAAUUCUCAACAGCUACGAGUCCACUCUCAGGGCCUCACUCGAGUUGAAGUGCGGCGCACUAAAUUUGCUAUCGACUAUCAAAGGCAUGGGCAAGAAGAUUGUGAUCAUGACAGAGGGACCACAAGAUGCACAAGAGAGAGCAGUCAAGGACCUCGGCAUCGACGGCCACAUUGACUUUCUGGCUACAACUAACUAUUUCGGUGUGACCAAAGUUGAUGGCUUAUUCAACAAGGUAAUGAAGCAUCUCUGCAUCUCCCCGGAGGAAAUUGUCUAUGUGGGAGAUAACGAGGACCGAGACGUGAAGCCUGCUAUGGCCGAAGGCAUUCUGUGCGUUCAUCUUGCUGAGACAAAACAUGUCGCGCUGGAUGCUUUGCCGCCGCGACUCAAUACUCUUCGAAAGCUACAGUACAUUCUCUUAGACGAAGGGUCUUGA